UUAGACGGUUACAGUUCGAGAAGAGAAGUUGAUACAAAAUGAUCGAAGCCGUGUACAUUUUGUUAUUUGUACUUGUAAUUACACCGGCAGAGGGACAUUCAACUUUUCAACAAAGUAUACCAAAUGGCGAAAUUGUACCCCAUCCUUGUAAACCGAACUUUUUAUGGCGUGGAGUAGGUCAUGAGAAUAUAAAUGGUGGCGGAAACCGGAACCCAUUCGGUCUGGACUUUGAAAAAAAUGGAAAAGUUUGGAAUAAGUCGUUAUGUGAACUGGAUUCUGACGGAGAUGGGAAAACAAACGGACAUGAACUCGGUGACCCGGAAUGUAUCUGGACACCAAAACAAAAACCUGCAAUCUCAACUGGACUAUCCCAUCCUGGAAUCUGUGAACCAGUUGGUAGUGAACAAUGUGUAGGAAAAUCAGACGACAUUGACUGUGAACAAGGCGAAUUCAAAUGUCCUGCAGUGGAGGAUACAGACGACAAAGCAAUAACAAUGUUUACUGCUAGACUCCGCAAGACAGGAGUUAGAAACAAAGAGACAACAUACAUGUGUCAGACAUUUAAAUUUCCGGCGGAUGAACGUCACAUGAUUGCCUUCAAACCUGUCAUUGACAAUUCACGUGUUGUCCAUCACAUGGUGGUAUUUGGUUGCCGCGGGGACUACAAUGGCAGAACUUCACCAUAUAAGUGUGGAAUGGUUCCCAGCAGUUUAUGCAUUGACAUGAUUGCAGUCUGGUCUCUUGGGAUGUCCGGGCAUUGUAUGCACAAAGACUGUGGAAUCUCUGUAGGCGGGAACAACGGUUUCAAGUGGGCGGCAUUACAGAUACAUUGGAACAAUCCCGAACUUGUGUCGGGUCUCACAGACUCUUCAGGCAUGGUAUUUUAUCUUACGUCAAAGCUUCGGCCAUAUAACGCCGGCAUCCUCAACAUUGGGCAGACUGAAAUUGCUAUUCCUCCAGGAAAAGAGGAGCAUACAGAACGCGGCACGUGCGAUACUACGUGCACAAAGCAAAUCAUGACAGACAAAAUCACGGUGGUUUCCGUGUACAAUCACAUGCAUUAUUUAGGUAAAUCACAGACAACUGAACUUGUUAUAGGGUCUGGUGCCGGGUCACGUGUUGUGUCUCUAGGGAAUGAUGAGAUAUACAAUUAUGACGAUCCAAUUCUCCAUGAGUUUGUAGACGGGGUGAUAGUGAGUCCAGGUGAUGAGUUGAAGACUACAUGCGUGUACAAGUCUACAUCCAGACACAACAUGACGUAUUUCGGUGACGACACAGAUGACGAAAUGUGCUUCUCAUUCUUAACGUAUUUCCCUGCCGAGAACUCACACACGUCAUGCCUCUCGGUGGGACAACGAGCACAAUGUGCUGCAAAAGAUGGUGACACAUGUGAUCGUUCGAGAUUAGAUCCCCAAAAUCCCGAACUCCUAAUCAUGAUGGUUAACAUUCAGAAAUUCUGUACCCCAGGCCUGUGUAGAAACGAAUGCAUGGUUUACGUACGCGAGAUGCAGAAAGAUCCUUGCUUUGAGGAACUGACCUUAGAUCUUCGACCCCACCUUAUCAGAAUCAAAGAUUUUGACUAUCACCUAAAUGUCAUCUUUGCGGCGCUUGAUUCGUGCAAUACCGAGCUUCUGAUGGAAAAGAUGGCGAAACAUGUCUGCAAGAAUGGUUGGCUGGACAUGAGUCACGCUGCAGACAGGAAAUGGCAGCACGUUGUGUACCUGGAAAUAACCUUCAUCUCUCUCAUACUGUUACUAUAACUACUGAGACACAAAGAAACCUUAUUAUACAAUGUAAUGUAGAACAUGUAUGUGUUUAGCCCAUUUCUGUUUCAGUUUAAUGGACAAGGCAACAAAAUAAUCAAUGAUAACACAAACAACAACAAUAAUAAUAAUAAUAACAAAAACAGCGAGAAUAUAUACCAGAGCAAAAAUAACAAAAAAAGGGUUUAUGCGAAUUUUUAUGUAAAUAUAUAUCUUAAUGACUACAUUUGUAUAUGUAUUAUAGAAGAGUAGAUACCAACAUAUCAAGACUCCGUGACUUUAUAUUAUAUAAUUGCCUUGUAAGACUUUUGUUUUACUCUUUUUUAACUUAUUCUAAAGAAUGUUCAAUCAAAUCUUACUUUUAUUUCAUUAUUUUCUCUAAAUCGGGACC